CUCUUUGCCCACAUAACGAGCGCGUUGAUUGUGCUUUCUCCGCCGGUAGAUACACUUGGCAACGCACGGGACGAGUUUACUUUAAGCGGAAACGACGGCGUUGACGGAAGCAUCUCCAGCAGCACUCACACGGCUCGACUGAGCAGCAUGGACACCGCCAGUCCACCACUGUCGCCCGUGCGACAAUAUAUGGUGUCUCCCCUCGACACGUCCCCAUCACGAUCCUCGUACCGCGAACAUCUCCGUCGACGAACGAGCAGCUUCUCUUCGAAUCACGACCGGAGUCCUACCACACCCAAGUCGCGGCACAGAUUCAGCAACGCGUCACAAUUGUCUGCAGAUUUUCCAGGCUCGCCGGUGGAUGAAGGUGGCGGCCUUGGAGGAACGGGAAAUCUUGCUGAUGAGCUCGAUCAGCUGGACGAAGACGAAGACUUCGACGAGGGCCCGACUGAAGAGGGCCUCCAGGCUGACGGGGAGGAGCAAAGUCGCGACAGCGGAAUCGACGUGAGUUACGCUCAGUCAACGAAGACGCCCAACGCUGGAAGUGGCCAGCAUGUACGCAACUUUUCAAAGCCUUUCGGCGGAGGGGAUGACGAGCGGUCGCCCACCGAAACCCGAGUAUCAGAGCCGCAGGAUGACAUGGACAUUGAGGAUAGAUUCUCGUUGGAAUUGGAAGACCUGAUGAACACAAUAGCACGCAUGACCAGCUAUACCUCCACGUCAGAGGAUCCGCUCGUUCCUCGAACCAUCCUGCAACUGCAGGACCUAGGCAACCAGACUAAUCUCGAAGCCGGUGCACAUCGACUGACGACUGGCACGAACAGCCUGACCUCGCAUCUUUCAACGCAAGCCAAGGCAAUGCAGACAACCACGCACAGCCUGUUCCCCGUGGUCGCCGGCUUUGCAGCACCAUUGGAUCCUGCACUGAUUGACGAAACACUUCCUCUGAUGGACGCUUUAAAGGAGAGCAUACCUCAGCCGGAUAUUGUGGUUGUCCAAAAGCUUCAGAAACUCGAACGAGAGACAAUGGAGGUCAUUGCAACUUUGUCUCAACUUACAGACACAUUGCAGAUGGGCAAACAGAUCACCAACUCGGCAGCCAGGCAUCUCCGGACAACACAGACCAUGGUGGUUGGACUACGACGUGAACGAGAGAGAGCUGAGAAUGCCCGAGUGGAUCUGCAGCAGAAUGGCUGGGUCGAAAAAAUUCAAGAUAGAUGGUGUGGAGGACAGUGCAAGGACAUCAUAUCUGGUUUCGAAGCUCGGUGCGACACGCUGAGAGGAGAGCUGGAAGUCGCCAUAAAUGCUGGCGCGUGACCAACGAUGCUACAUUGUACAAGAUGGAGCCCUUUUGCUGGGAAUGAUUGCUGCACAAUUUGAGCCUGAUACUUCUUGUCAGCGUUUUCAACAGAUACCCCGACGGAUUGAUUGGUUGUUACUUUUGUGGCGUUUUGGGGCUAAUGGAGAGGAAAGGAAUACUAUGCUGACCGGUAGGAUCGCAUAUCACUGGGCUGCUUCAAGCUCGAUAUACAGUGGAAGACUUGGAAUGGGAACGCCUAUCAAAGGCACGAUAAUUUCGGGGGCAAUGUAGAGAUAGAGGAGUCCGAGAGGCAUGGACAGAGGUAGCAACGGAAGUUGGCCUCACAGCGCUUGCAGACAGCAAGGCGCUCGUCGAGAGCUCUCACAUGUCUCACGCUUUGGUCGCAUGCACAGCAAAGGC